AUGGCGGACGAGCAGUAUUCAAUCUACGACGAGGUCGAGAUCGAAGACAUGACUUUCGAUGAGACCCUCCAGAUCUACCACUACCCCUGCCCCUGUGGCGAUCGCUUCGAAAUCGCGCUGGUCGACUUGGCAGAUGGUCAAGAUAUUGCCGUUUGCCCAAGCUGCAGUCUUAUGAUCAGGGUUAUCUUUGAUGCGGUUGGUUUCCAGAAUAUGAACAAGGGCGGAAUUUUGCCCCAUGAGCUCGAGGAACUGACCCACGCGCAGGAUAACCUUCCUAAGCCGAAAGAUGCAUCUGCUGCGCCUGUUGAGGUCGCCGCCUAA